AUGUCAAGAAUUGCAACAAGUUCUCCAGAAACUGAAUCAUUUAUUUCUCAACCAACUGAAGUAACAGUAAUUCCAGUAAAAGUUUCAACUACUGAUGUUCAACAGUCAUUUGGUUCAGUUAUUAUAUCAAAUGAACAAUUUCAAGAAUUGUUAGAUCAUUUUGGAAAUUCAAAUCGAAAUCAAUCUCGAAUAGCAAAUCCAGGUGCACUUGGUCUUGCUGCGUUUGCAUUAACAACAUUUAUACUUUCUGUAUUUAAUACUGGUUCAUAUUUCAUUGAUAUUAAAUUAGAAGGAGUUGUUUUACCAGUUGCAUUAUUUUAUGGUGGUUUAGCUCAAUUUUUAGCGGGUAUGUGGGAAUUUAAAGUAAACAAUACAUUUGGUGCAACAGCAUUUACAAGUUAUGGAGCAUUUUGGAUGUCAUUUGCUGGUUAUGUUCAUAUUAUAUUACCAAAAAUAAGCCAAGUUGCAAAUGCAAAAAAAGCAACAGGUCUUUUUUUAUUAGCUUGGUUUAUUUUUACAAUAAUAAUGAAUGUUGCUGCAUCUAAAACAUCGAAAUUUUUAUUUAUUUUAUUUACACUACUCAAUAUAACAUUUUUACUAUUAAUUAUUGGAAAUCUUACUAAUUUAACUUUAGUUAUAAAUAUAGGAGGAUGGUUUGGAAUAAUAACAGCAUUUACAGCAUGGUAUGGUUCUGCUGCUAUUCUUAUUAAUUCAACUUUCAACAAAUCAAUUUUACCUUUAGGAGUUUUUACAUAA